CGACAGUCCUCCACUCGGAUCCGGUUGCCCUGGUGUCCUAGUGUCAGUAUUGAGGUUGCCGUUGGUGACAGUGGUCCAGCGAGAGCAGUACAGUUGCGUCAGCAGUCUAGAGAAGUGGCACAAAGUUCCUCUCCAGCAAAAGACUAGCACUGUCCUCAACCGUGGACUACCGGUAAUCUCUCCGCAAAUGCAGGACCACGGCAGUCUUAUCAGCAUCGUUCGAGCAGCUUGCAGCGGAUUGCAUGUGGUGCUAAUUAGCAUGUUUGCACUUCAGUUGUACUGCGAAGAAGGGUCACUCAGAACCCGGUCGAUUGCACGUAGCUGCAGCUUUCGCAGCUAGAACAAAUCGUAUCCCCGGAACCGAAUGAAUCAUGCGCAAUGAAUGAAGAUCCAAGAAGAAAUUAAAGUUAUUCUUUCUGAUCUUCUUAAAACAGUUAACCAUCGCUGAUCUCUGUCCGGUUCGGUUUUGCGUAAGAGCGAUCAGCGAUUGGGGAUCCUGUUGCUGGUGCUUAUCAUUCCAUUUCCGGAGAUGUUGAACCGGGAGAACAACAAAAAAUCGAUCGACUAACGGGACCGACGUCGCCAUCUAGAACGCAAUAAAUCGGUAAUGAGCCAAUCUCCGAAGCUCCUAGAGCUCUUGGUUUUUGGUGUUGUAAUCAGGGAACCAAAAACACGGAUCGCAAGAUUCAGAAUUUUCCUUUUUUUUGUUGUCGCGCCUCGCGUUAUUCGAGGGGACAGACAACAGGCACAUCGUCAUCAUCAUCAUCAUUAUCAUCAUCGAAUUCCCCGCCUUGCAGGUCAUCAGAUAAUCGAUGAAGAUCAUGGAGAGAUUCUUUUUUUUUUGUUCGGUUUUCGGUCCUCCGAGGGGUCAUGGCACAAGCCAUCAACAGAGCGAUCAACAGAACGGAUGGAUGCUGUCCCUGGGCCAUGGGCAUUGUAGCAACCAUUAGGAGCGAUGAUGGCACCAAGAAGCAGCAUGACAAAAGCGUUGAUAAGCAACGUGUGCGGCUAUAAGUGUUUGGCUACUGCACAUAAUGCUCUACAACGGUGUCGAAGUAAAUUAUGUCAUAAUCGGUGCCUAAAGGAUCCUAAACAUAUGUCCGCCUUGAACCAAAGAAAAACUUACUUACUGCUUCCUCGGAAAUUACCCGCUAUGAUCCAUGUAUCGCGUAGGUAAUCCUCCUGCGCCAUUUGAGUGGCCAAAGUGGAAAGGCGUUGCGUCAUGCACCAUCAUUCCCGAGUUGGGACACCUUUGAAGUUGGUUGCCUUUCGCCGAGAACUUGUCCAAGUAUUUUUUGGGGCUUCCUUCCCAACCAAUGGGGGCUGGCAGGUGGCACAGUUGCUGGGUUCCCUUCCCGCCGCCUCAUGUAAUCUGCGGCGAGGUUUGCACCCUGUGCCAGGUGUCUGUUUUUAAGCGUAGGCCUUCGCCUUAGUCGUUCGCGGACACAUUGUUUUCCCAAGAAAAUGCAAUCAUCCAGGAAUGAAACGUGUGUGUGUGUUUGGAUCGCCGGCGUGAAACCAUUGGAUCGUAGACGCCCCCACCCCACCCCACGAACCGUCUGCGGUAACACGGAACCGCAGGCUUUCAAUUGACUUUUAGAUUACGGUUUCAACGGGAAUAUUGAGUUACCUGCCAUCAUAUCCCCGAUGCGACGACAAGGUACGCUGUUCGCUGAACUGUGCGAUCAUCAGCGAUCAGAGGCCAGCGUGCAUGAUACACCGCGCAACUAGCUGUGCCCAUGUUGUCCCGGAAGCUACUAGCAAGUAGCAUUAGUACGGUUACUUCAAGUUCACCCUCAAUGGCGGCCUUUCUCAAAUGACUUCAUUUCCUCCAGGAAUGAUCAUGAAGAGAUCGCCGCAACCUCUCAAGGGAUGAUGAAAUCAUCGUCUCGCCCAUUGCCACUGUGGAAUGUUGGCUGGCCUGCGGACCGAUAACGAUCGCCAGUUUUUUUUUUGGUGUGUGCGCAUUAAUCACGCAAUCGCGGUGUUCCGCUACAAAAACAAAACAGAGUAGAACAAAAAAAAAGAAAAAGGCAGCAGGCUCAAAGCAGGCUUGGAAGGACAUCAACAGUGGCAAUGAGAGCGAGACAGCAUGACAGACCAGGGGGAGCGAAAAGAUCGGGGACAAUGAUAGUGUGCGCCACCGAUCGAGCGAGACGCGUGGUUCGGAGCUGUGCGGUGCGGUGCGGUGAGGCGAGACGAGCGCGACGACGCUGAUAAUAAUGCGUGCCUCUGGCAGCCGACGACGACGAAAAGUUCCAGAACGCCUGUGGACGCCCAAGACGGGUGGGUAGUGGCGGUAGGUGGGAAGGCAUUCGAUGGGAUUCGCGAUCCGAGAAUGGAAUGGCCUGGGAUGCGCUCGAGUUAGUCUUGCCGUGCGAUCGAGCGGAAGCUGAAGCAAAGAAGAGGAGAUCAGCCAGCCUGCCAGCCUGCCAGCCAGCCAGCCAGCUAGCUAGUGCUGUGAGCAGUGAACCAGAAUACUGCGAGACACACCGUGCGCCAAGGUGUUGGUGGUGUUCUAGAUCCGAACGCUCCUCCGGUAAGGUAAUCCGAUACCUCACCGUCCGUGAAGCACGGAGGCAAAUCAACAACAAAAAAAAAACCUUCGGAAACCUGUUCAGUAGAGGAGUAAAGGGAGAGCGAGAGAGGUGUUCAGGAGGUCACCACCGGAACGGAACGUGGGACGGAACCUCCCAAGGGAAGACGGCGGCGAGUCCUCCGGAGUUGUCGGCAUUCUCGUCUCGCGGUAUCGCGGUAUCGUUUCGCUUUCGUUUGCGCGCGCGAUCUGAUUCCGCGCGUCACGGCCCGGCCCGCACUCGGUUCUUUGCUGUUGUUGUUGAGUAGCAGCGGCAGCAGCAGCAGCAACAGCACGCCGUCUUUCAUAGUCGGCGGCUACUACUAAUCGUAUUAGUAGACGAGCACAGCAACCAGGAACAUCGUAGUCGGCGUCGUCUUCGUCGUCGUCGUCGAUUGUCGGCCACGGGAGUGUUGCCGUUAGUGUGUCGGUUGGUGUUGUUCCAGCAGCAGCAACAGUCAUGGAGCAGCAGAGGAAGUCGCGUUCCACGCUGGAACGCGGUGAAUCCACGGCCGAGGACAGCCCGGUCGAGUUCGUGACCGUUGCCGAUUCGGACGCUUCGGCGCCCGGUACACCGGAGAAAAAGCCGAAGAAGAAGCGCGGCCUUUCGUUCAAGAAGCUGCGCUCCAACGCCCAAAAGCUGAUCCCGGGCGUUCGACGUGGAAGUAGCAGCAGCAGCAAGAAAUCCAGUGAGACCACUUCCUCUUCCGUCGCUGAUGGUGAAUCGGUAUCGAUCGAUCGGAACAUGGACACACCAUCACCGCCACCACCGGCAUCACCGACACCAUCAGCACCGUCACCGGAACCGACGCGUGACGAAUCGGUGGUCAAAUCGACGGAAAGUUUACCCGCGAUCAAGGAGGAUCCUCGCGAGGCACUUGCCGCUGCUGCCGCCGCCAAUACGGGCGCCCGCUCCGACGAGGACAUGCUGGCCACGGAGGAGAAACAGCGCCAGAAGAAAACACGCAAACCGAGCCGUGCCGCUAGCUUCAUGAAGAAACUGGCCGGACGCGGUAAGUCGGCCAAAGUCGCCCCCAACUCACCGACGGCAGCCCAAGCACCUCGUCCGUCUCCUGGUGACGAGGGUGACGGGUUAUCGGCCGGCACACUGGAGACACCGCUCAGCAUCAAACGGCAAACACCGGAAGGAGCAAUCCUGAACGCCGCCACCUCGGACGCGGAGCUGUACAGUGACGAUGGUACUUCGGUGGAUCCACCGCCGCUAGCGAUACGUGAGCUGGAAGCCGAACCGAGACCACUGUUGUUGCGCCGUACGGGCACCCCGCUCUCUGGGGACGAAGGAGGCGCUGGCGUCGGCGGUAGCACCGACAUCGAGUUCUAUGACGACGACGACGAAGGGACUGCGACUGCCAUCGAAACGAGCAACGGUCGAUUGCUUCGUGUGCGUCGCCGGGAUGAGAACGAUGAUGUCGUCGGUGGUCGUCGUGCUGGUGGUGGUGGUGGUGGCAGAGUACUGACCACGGACCUUGAUGGUAAAUCGAACCAGAAUGAAGCGUUGUCGCUGUCGGCUAAGCCAAUUAGCCCGUUCGUCCGCACAUCGCUACAAUCACUAUCGGCGACGGCACCGACGACGACGACGACGACGAUGAUCGUGGAUGACGGUGGUGGUAGGCCGGCCUCGCUGACGGUGACGAAAGAAUCAUUCGGUGUCGAGCAGCCGACCGUCACGAUUCGUACACAGGAGCAGCAGCAGAAGCAGGAUCGCUUGUCCAGUCUGCUGAGCGGUGACUACAUAGCGGAGAUUAACAAGUUCUCAAUCGAGAACAUUGCACCGCCACCACCGGUGCCAUCGCCGCGUACCUCGCUGUCGAUUCGGGAACGGUUUUUCCAAAGUGCCCUCCCACCACCACCACCACCAGUGCAAGCGCCAUCGUCACCAGUGGUUGGUGACGAGGAAAACGAAGAUUUUAUGAGGAAAUCGAAGGGAGGAGCAGGAGCAGCAGCAGCAGCAGGACGGUCGAAAGGCUCCGGGAAAGGCUCCUCCGGUGGUAGCAACGCAUCAGUAGCGGCAGCAACAGCCACGAGUGUAGAGCCAGCAGGAGGAGGAAGCACGUCGGUGACGGUGCGCACCCAGGAAGCGGCCAAACCGUACCAGCUCGGUAACAGCCUCAAGAACCCGAACAAUUCGGGCUUCAAGUCGGUGGAGCCCGCGACCAGAGUGUCUUCGGCUGGUGGGCUCCAGGAGCCACAGCAGGAGCAGCAACGACCGGAACAGGAGCAGCAGCGACCGGAACCGGAGCAGACACGUGCUGGUGACGGAGCGGACGAAGCAGAACCGACCGUCGGUGACGGUGACGGUGACCCCCAACCGCAGAUAGUGUUCGAUAUAGGAACGCAGGUACGGCCCGAUAGGACCUCGUCGAACCUCGUGAUUGGUGCCAGUGGUAGUACACUCACCGUACCUCCGAUACGGCUUCCGGUAACCGUUGACGGUGAUAGCAGCAGUGCCCCAUUGUCCGGCACGUACGCUUCAAUCGGGACUGAAGGAAGCAUCGGUGCUGGUUCUGUUGGUGGUGGUGGUAGUGGUAGUGGUGGUGCAGGUGGUGGACUUAGUUCCUACGACGACAGUAGUCUGCGGCGACGCAUAGCUUACGUUGAGCAACCGACCUUCUACACGCCGGAGGAGGAAGAACUGCUCACCGGUAAACGACCGUCGCUGUCGUCCAGCGGUGGUCCAUUCGAGACCAGCGCCGAGUAUUCGCUCGAGUCGGAGGACUACCUCGAGAGCAAAAUGUCCCCCCACGGGGAUCUGCUGAUCGGUGGUGAUCGGGCCGAUCAAUCGGCCAACAUGGCGGCGAGUCCGGCGGAGAAGCGCGAGCAUCUGUACAAAAUCCUCGUCAUCGGGGAGCUCGGUACCGGCAAGACGUCCUUCAUCAAGCGGUACGUGCACCAGUUCUUCAGCCAGAACUAUCGCGCCACGAUCGGCGUCGACUUUGCGCUCAAAGUGCUCAAUUGGGACCAGAACACGAUCAUCCGGCUGCAGCUGUGGGAUAUUGCCGGCCAGGAACGCUUCGGUAACAUGACCCGAGUGUACUACAAAGAAGCGGUCGGUGCGUUCAUCGUGUUCGACGUAACGCGCAGUGCCACCUUCGAUGCGGUGAUCAAGUGGAAGCAGGAUCUCGACUCGAAGGUGCAGCUUCCGGACGGUAAACCGAUCCCGUGCAUACUCUUAGCUAACAAGAGUGACCAGCAGAAGCAGGGCAUUGUGACGACACCCGCCAAACUCGAUGAGUACGUGAAGGAGCACGGCUUCGCCGGCUGGUUCGAGACGUCCGCCAAAGAGAAUGUCAACAUCGAGGAAGCGGCCAAAUCGUUAGUCAAUAAGAUUCUAAUGAAUGACAAAAUGCUAAACACGGGCGAAAUCGUGGACUCGGAGCGGUUUGCGCUGGCCGGUGGCGGUGGCGGAAAAGCGGACAUUAAUCCGAAAAAAUCGUGUGCCUGCUGACCGGCUCUGCAGUAGAUGUCCUCGUCGUCGUCGUCGCCAUCAUCAUCAAAGAGUCGUCAUUACUCACUCACUCUUCCUUCUGAUCGCCGGACUAAGCAGCAGCACAUAUGUAUUUGCAUGUCCUAGCUGUAUGUGUGUGUGUAUGUGUGUGUUUGUGGGUGCGUCGUAGUGCAGUGCACGACGAUGGCACUGAUCGUCCGGUUCGAUGAUUAAUUGUUUUAUGAUUUUAAUGAUUGUUACACACUGUUUGUUUAUAUUUUACUUUUUUUUAAUUCCCAAAAAGAGAGAAAAAACAAACACGAAUAACUACUAUUACUACUACCACUACUACUACUACUACGCGCUACUACUAAUACUACAGACACAGCAAUUCCCUUUUAUCACAACAACUUAUGUUUCCGUUUUAUUUCCCAAAUGUGUACGUUGUUUGAAUUUUUAUUUCUUGUGUUUGGAUGAAUGUAUGCUGGUUGUAUGCUGCUGACCAGCACAGUAAUAGCAGCGCUCCUUCCUCUAUGAAGUCGUUGGUUAUCGGAGUCAAGUAUAGAUAUAAAUGGUUAUUGUUGCAGCAGCGCACUAUUAAACCCAAAGGCCAACUACUGGUAGGUGGUGAACGAUGUACCAUUUGCAACCCAGAGCUGCGUUGUGGUUGAGCUAAGCCGUCCCAAGCCUACUGUGCCACACACUCAUCGGCGGUUACGUCAGAGAGGCUGAGAGUAUACCGCGAUCUAUCCAGUCCAGUCCAAUCCAAUCCUGCCGCUGUACUGUAUCUACUUGCGUCCUAUUAAAAGGUCCAGGACGUACGACCAUUCCAAGGGCCGGGGGUCUCGUUUGGAAUGGAUAGGGAACAUGAAAUUAACACAAUUAUUAUAACACCAGAGAGGGAGGAGAAACAAAAACCAAAACCCAAAAA